AUGGAAGGGGAAGGAGAGAUGGGAUGGAAGGGACGGAAGGAGAGGGGAUGGAAGGGACGGAAGGGACGGAAGGGACGGAAGGAGAGGGGAUGGAAGGGACGGAGGGGACGGAAGGAGAGGGGAUGGAAGGGAUGGAAGGGACGGAAGGGACGGAAGGAGAGGGGAUGGAAGGGACGGAAGGGACGGAAGGAGAGGGGAUGGAAGGGACGGAAGGGACGGAAGGAGAGGGGAUGGAAGGGACGGAAGGGACGGAAGGAGAGGGGAUGGAAGGGACGGAAGGGACGGAAGGAGAGGGGAUGGAAGGGACGGAAGGGACGGAAGGAGAGGGGAUGGAAGGGACGGAAGGGACGGAAGGAGAGGGAUGGAAGGGAAGGAAGGGACGGAAGGAGAGGAGGUGGAAGGGACGGAAGGAGAGGGAUUGGAAGGGACGGAAGGGACGGAAGGAGAGGGGAUGGAAGGGACGGAGGGGACGGAAGGAGAGGGAAGGAAGGGGAGGAAAGGGAGGAGGGAGAGGGGACGGAAGGGACGGAAGGGACGGAAGGAGCGGGGACGGAAGGCACGGAGGGGGCGGAAGGAGAGGAGGGGGAAGAGACGGAAGAAACGGAAGGAGAGGGGAUGGAAGGGAUGGAAGGGGCGGAAGGGGCGGGAGGAGAGGGGAUGGAAGGGACGAAAGGGAAGGAAGGAAAGGGAUGGAAGGGAAGGAAGGGACGGAAGGAGAGGGGAUGGAAGGGACGGAAGGGAUGGAAGGAGAGGGAUGGAAGGGACCGAAGGGAUGGAAGGGACCGAAGGGAGGGAAGGAGACGGGAUGGAAGGGACGGAAGGGACGGAAGGUGA